AUGGAUUGCGUUUACAUGAAUCCCAAUGAACCCAUUGAAACUCGUCUCAAACACCUUCUUUCUCUAAUGACUUUGAAGGAAAAGAUUGCUCAGAUGACACAAAUUGAGCGCUCAGUUGCCACCCCUUCUGCCAUUAAACACUUCUCCAUUGGGAGUAUAUUCAGUGCUCCAAACAGUGGACCCUUUGAGAAGGCUCUGUCAUCUGAUUGGGCUGAUAUGGUGGAUGGGUUUCAGAAGUUGGCACUUGAAUCACGGUUAGGCAUACCAAUCAUUUAUGGGACUGAUGCUGUUCAUGGAAAUAAUAGUGUCUAUGGUGCUACAAUAUUUCCUCACAAUGUUGGCCUUGGAGCAACAAGAGAUGCAGAUUUAGUUCAAAGAAUUGGAGCUGCAACAUCACUUGAGCUUAGAGCAAGUGGAAUUCACUAUACUUUUGCUCCUUGUGUGGCAGUCUGCAAAGAUCCCAGAUGGGGAAGAUGCUACGAGAGUUAUAGUGGAAACACUGAGAUAGUCAGAAAGAUGACUUCUUUUGUUUUAGGCUUGCAGGGUCACCCUCCAGAAAGACACCCAAGGGGAUACCCAUUUGUGGCUGGGAGGAACAAUGUUAUUGCAUGUGCCAAGCAUUUUGUUGGUGAUGGAGGUACUGAGAAAGGUGUAAAUGAGGGCAAUACAAUAUUAUCAUUUGAAGACUUGGAGAGGAUCCACAUGGCCCCAUAUGUGGACUGCAUAGCUCAGGGUGUUUCUACCAUUAUGGUCUCAUAUUCCAGCUGGAAUGGAAACAAACUCCAUGGUCACCAAUUUCUGCUAAAUGAAAUUUUGAAGAAAAAACUAGGUUUCAAGGGAUUUGUGAUUUCUGACUGGGAGGGAAUUGAUGAAUUAUGCCAACCUUACGGGUCAGAUUAUCGUUAUUGCAUCUCCACUGCCAUUAAUGCCGGGAUUGACAUGGUGAUGGUCCCUUUUAGAUAUGAAAUAUUUAUGGAAGAGUUUAUGUCUCUAGCUCAAUCAGGGGAAAUACCAAUAGCCAGAAUUGAUGAUGCUGUAGAGCGGAUUUUGAGAGUGAAGUUUGCUGCCAAACUUUUUGAGUUUCCUUUAACUGACAGAUCGUUACUAGAUAUAGUUGGCUGCAAGCUACACAGAGAUCUAGCACGUGAAGCAGUUCGAAAGUCAUUGGUUCUGUUGAAAAAUGGAAAGGUUCCUAGUAAACCUUUUCUUCCAUUGAACAGAAAUGCUAAGAGAAUCCUUGUUGCUGGAACUCGUGCUGAUGAUAUCGGGUAUCAAUGUGGAGGAUGGACAGGUACUAAGUAUGGAUCUAGUGGUCGCAUCACAAUUGGCACAACUAUCUUGGAUGCUGUUAAAGAGGCUGUAGGGAAUGAAACAGAAGUUAUUUAUGAGCAGUAUCCAUCAACAGACACCUUAGAAUGUAACGAGGUUUCUUUCGCCAUUGUUGCUGUUGGAGAAGGUCCCUAUGCUGAGUGUGGAGGUGAUAAUUCAGAGCUCGUGAUCCCCUUUAAUGGAGCUGGAAUUAUAAACUUGGUUGCUGAAAAAAUCCCAACACUAGUGAUUCUGAUAUCUGGAAGACCUUUGUUCUUAGAGCAGUGUCUGUUGGAAAAGAUAGAUGCUCUUGUUGCUGCAUGGUUGCCAGGUACUGAAGGACAUGGAAUCACAGAUGUUAUAUUCGGGGAUCAUGACUUCAAGGGUCAACUACCAAUGACUUGGUUCAGAAGAGUUGAAGAACUUGAUCAACCAGUUGAUUCAUGUGACCCCUUAUUCCCUCUUGGUUUUGGGCUAGCAUAUAACAAGGAGAAUUCACAUGACUAA